ACACAAGUACUUCCUCAAUCAUAUCCUCGUAGUCAGAAUGCAUAUUCUCAUCACCAACGACGAUGGCCCGCCCUCGGACGAGUCCUCGCCCUAUGUGCACUCUCUCGUGUCCACGUUACAAAAGCAUGGGCAUACCGUCUCCGUAGUGUUACCGCAUACCCAGCGGUCAUGGAUAGGCAAAGCGCAUCUUGUCGGCAAAUCGAUCAAACCAACUUAUUAUCGCCCUACACCUCUGCAAACUACCACCGACGGUCGCCUUACGAACCACGGUUCUACACAUAACACACCUCUCCCAACCAACAGCACCGAAGAGGAAUGGGUCCUGGUCGACUCCACACCCGCCUCAUGUGUGCAAAUCGGUCUCUACCACUACUUUUCUGCCCGUGGCCCCAUCGACCUCGUCGUCUCGGGCCCCAACUACGGGCGCAACAGCACGGCUGUCUUCUCCCUCAGCUCCGGCACAGUUGGCGGCGCAAUGGAAGCCGCCGUCUGCGGCGUCAAGUCGAUCGCCCUAUCUUACGCUUUCUUCGACCGCAACCACGACGCAGGCAUAAUAUCAGACGCCUCUGAACUGAGCGCGAAACUCAUACAACACCUCUACGACAACUGGGACUCGAACACUCACCUGUACACCGUCAACGUCCCGCUUGUGGAGAAAGUCGGCGACCGCAAAAUCCUUUGGACAAACAUGCUCCAGAACAAGUGGAAAUCCGGCUCGUGUUUCCAGGUCGUCGAAGUCCCCUCUGAAGCCGACGAUUCGCCGUCCGAGAUCGAGUCGCAGAUCCGCAAACAAGAGGAGAAGCUGGGCAAGAAGGAGCUGCGAUCUAACAGUCAGGGUGUGCUGCAAGAGGGCACGAAUUCUGGCGCGGAGACGCCGACGGGCAAGGAGCAUAUGCGGUAUACGCACAAGCACUUCAAGUGGGCGCCGAGCUUCAAGGAUGUGUAUGAGAGUGUGGAGGAGAGUGAGCCUGGGAAUGAUGGGUGGGCGGUUGCGCAGGGGUUCACAAGUGUGACGCCGUUGAGGGCGAAUUUCAUGCAUGUUGGUGGAUUUGAGGGGGAGAUUAAGCUGUAAAAGCUUCUGAACACAUCAAGAAUUACAAGAAAGCAUGCUCUUGAUACU